AAAAACACGUCGCCUCUGCAACUUUUCCCAUAUCAAUAUUCUCGCACCUACGAAAAGGAAAACUCUCCCUAUCCCUCGGGCUCUCUCUCUCCCUCAGAGCGAAAUUCAAUGUCCGAAUCAGCGUCUCCAACCGAAACCCGAGCCCAAAGGCUCUCUAUCCUUGUGCCCGUAAUCCUAGACACGGUCUCCGCCUCCCAGGCCCGAAACUCGACCCGGACCCGUCUCGUGUUACUGGACCGGGUCGCAAGAUCGUUUAACGUGUUCGACUUGCCCGGAGACCUAGACGAAGUGCGAGAGCUCGAGGCCCUCUUCGGCGACCUGUCGGAGAAGAGCGGGCCGUUGCCGGCGUCGAGGGUGUCGAUAGAGGCCAUGCCGAGGGUGGCGGUGACCGAGAAAGUGGCCGCGGAGGAGUGCGCGAUUUGCUUGGAGGGUUACGAGGUCGGCGACGAGGCGAGGGAGAUGCCGUGCAAGCACAUGUUCCACUCCGGUUGCAUCGAGAGGUGGCUGGGGCUCCGCGGGUCCUGCCCAGUUUGCCGGUUUGUGAUGCCGGUGGAGGAAGGCAACGUGAAGAGUGGCGGUGGAGAAGGGGGAGAGAGGGGGUUUCUGGUGGCUCUUUGGAUCGGUGGCGGUGGGGAUCCGAUGGACGUGGGUUCAGGUACGGGCCGUGGGUCCGUGGCGUCUGAUUCGGACGGGAGUCGAGGCAGUGAUGAAGUUGAUGACGCGUUGACACAAGAAAUGCAAUUCUGAAGACAAGCCACAUAAUUAGAUAGUUUAGAUUUUUUUUUACAAUUUUAGACGGUAGUUUAUACAUUGAAAAUUUGAAACAAAGGGUCAGACAUUUGAUUAACAAUCUGAACCAUUUCUUUUA